UAAUAUUAAUAAUAACAACAAUAAUACAUUAUUAUUAUUAUUAUUAACGGAUAAUCGGAUGAAAAUGAAUGGAGUAUUAUUAUUGUUAUUUCCAGCUUGUCACAAUGUGUGAUGUCAUUUCCCGAAAGGCAUGACGUCAUGAGUGUAGGAGGUGAAUGGUGCGUUGAGGGACAUCUUGUACAUUUAAAACGUUUGUUACAUUAAUUUGAGACGUAGUUCAACAUUUUACCUAACGCUGUAUAAGCAAACCACUCGCCAUUUUUAACAAAUACUUAGAAUAUACUAUAUUAGGUUGUGGUUAAACAACAAGACAAACAAAAAAUCGUAUAAUUUUUCAUGGACAAAUAAACACAAAUAUAAUGAUUUACCAUUAGUUAAAUCCAUCCAUUCCGAUAUAUAGUUGGUUAUGAGAAAAACCUUUUGUUUUUUCUUCAUUUGUAUUAGAAUCUAUGUCAGAAUUGCUAUUUUAAACAAGUUGUUUUUUUAUUUUUAACAAACAAUUUCUUUAAGCAUCUGAUCCUUUUUUCAUGACCACUUUUUCUUACGGCUUUGUCCAUUUUUUCAGGGGGUAGCAACAAUAGUAAUAAUAGUAUUAAAAUAUCGGCAAAAAUUAUUUUUGUCUCCAAUUUUCUGAAAAAUAUGUAGUGCUUUAAUAACGGGUGUCUACCGUUAUAUCACGGGGAGGUAACGUUUCUGACUGGGCGUGGCUUUGUGUGUGAGUCAUGGUGCGUUCACGGGCGUCAGGGCUGCGCUAGUAGUACCAGUUAACAACCCUCAUCUAGCGGAGAAGCCUCGCACUGAAGGCGGACGGGUAACGGGGAAAAUGUCGGUACCGUGACUCAGCACUGGGAUUUAGGGUCUCCAUGGUCUUUUCCCCGGUCACAGGAACCGAGGGCCCGCUGGUCGACAUGUUCGACUCGUCGUGGAAGGUGCGGAACAUUUGGGACGGGGUGAGGCUUGAGGUAACGGAGGAGCGAAGCCCAGUGAUUCUGCACAGUUUCACCCAGCUGGACCCGGACCUGCCGCUACCAGAGAGCUCAACGCAGGAGAUCGGGGAGGAGGCUGAGGAAGAUGCCAUCUUCACCAUCACGCUGAGGAAGGUGCAGCUCCACCAGUCAGCUAGCAAGGGGCAGCGCUGGCUGGGUGUGGACACAGACUCGGCGCUCAGCCUGUACGAGACCUGCAAGGUGAGGACCAUCAAGGCAGGGACACUGGAGCGUCUGGUGGAGUACAUGGUGUCGGCGUUCAGAGGAAAAGACUCCACCUACGUCACCAUCUUCCUCUGCACCUACAGAUCCUUCGCCAGCACCAGGCAGGUCCUAGACCUGCUGCUCAACAGAUAUGCAAAGUUGCAGAACGUACCUACAGCAUCUGCUCACAGAGUUUGUCAAGACGACUGCACAGAGCUCCGGAACACCGUGUCGUCCAUUCUGGGAGCAUGGCUUGACCAGUACUCAGAGGAUUUCUGGACUCCGCCCAACUAUGACUGUCUCCAUCAGCUCCUGUCUUACCUGCACGUCCACUUUCCAGGAUCAGACCUGGAACGCCGAGCACGGAAUCUGCUAGACCACUUCCACCGGAGACAGCAGUGUGAGCCUGAUUCUGAUGGGGACAACCUCGGCUGCCCGUUUGCCACUCAGGAAGAGAGUGGAUUUGAGGAUGAACUUCCUGCUUUCAGCUUUCUGUCUUUUGACCCCAUCAUGGUGGCAGAGCAGUUCACACUCAUGGACGCUGACCUAUUUAAGAAGGUUGUUCCGUACCACUGCCUGGGUGGGAUCUGGUCUCAGCGCGACAAGAAAGGAAAGGAACAUCUGGCCCCCACCAUCAGAGCCACUGUGGCCCAGUUCAACUCCGUCACCAACUGUGUCAUCACCACCUGCCUAAGCAACCCAACUCUGAAACCCAACCAGAGAGCCCGGCUGCUGGAGAGGUGGAUUGACGUAGCCCGGGAGUGUCGGAUCCUAAAGAAUUUCUCCUCGCUGCGUGCCAUCCUCUCAGCCCUACAAUGUAAUGCCAUCCACCGCCUGAAGAGAACCUGGGAGGAAGUGUCCCGGGAGAGUUUCCGCACCUUCAGAGAACUGUCUGAAAUCUUUUCGGAUGACAACAAUUACUCGCUCAGCCGAGAGCUGCUAGUGAAGGAGGGAACGUCCAAGUUCGCCACUCUGGAGAUUAAUCCCAAACGGGCUCAGAGGAGGCACCAGCAGCAGAGAGACCUAGGUGUGAUGCAGGGCACCAUUCCAUACCUGGGGACAUUUCUGACAGACCUGGUGAUGAUGGACACAGCCAUGAAGGACUACACUGAGGGAGGACUCAUCAACUUUGAGAAGAGAAGAAAGGAGUUUGAGGUGAUAGCUCAGAUCAAGCUUCUGCAGUUAGCCUCCAACAACUACAGCUUCACUCAGGAAACUCACUUCAGGGAGUGGUUCUCCAGCGUGGAGAAGCUCAGCGAGGCCGAGAGCUAUCACUUGUCCUGUGAGAUUGAGCCUCUGUCGGAGUCGGCCACUAACACACUGCGAGCCAAGAAGAAUGGUGGCAUCAUGAAGCGCUGGAGCGAUCGGCAGUUGGCUGAGGGAUCUGCAGGGGCAUCGGGCUCUCACUCUAAGUCAUUUGAUCAAUCCCACUACAGACCGUAUCAGGGAGGCGGAGACAGUGGUGAUGCCCUCAGUGUGACCUCAGUUAGCUCCAGUGGCUCAGACCUGGAAGAUGUCAACGCCAGCUUCCUGUCUGACUCUCCUGAAGGUCAUGAGAGAAAGACGUCGACCCCCUCAGUGAAACUCAGUGUCUCAGCCUUAGGAAGAGAGGUUCCAGCUGCUGAAUCCACCUCUACUUUCUGGGAGUGUACAUCUCUGUCUUCAUUGGACACCUCUGGGACAGGCUCCAGCUCAGGCUCAGCCUCAGGCUCCAGCAGCGCCUCCUCGUCCUCUGUGUCCUCUUCCACACCGCUGCAGGCAUCUCGUUCUCACAAACGCUCCGUGUCGGCCGUGUCCAAUUACUCCACAUUGUCGCUGCCCCUCUACAACCAGCAAGUGGACGACUGCUGCAUCAUCAGGGUCAGCCUAGAUGUGGAGAACGGGAACAUGUACAAGAGCAUCUUGGUGACCAGUCAGGACAAAACUCCAGCCGUCAUCCGAAAAGCCAUGAUCAAACAUAACCUUGACCGAGAGAAGACAGAGGAAUAUGAGCUGAUGCAGAAAAUCUCUGAGGACAAAGAGCUGCGUAUCCCAGACAAUGCCAAUGUAUUCUACGCCAUGAACUCCACUGCCAACUAUGACUUUGUUCUGAAGAAACGUGGCAUUCCACGUCCGCUGAGGACAAAGGCGGUAACGAGCUCCACACUUCCACGGAUGAAACAGAAAGGCCUGAAAAUUGCCAAAGGAAUUUUCUGAGACUCCUUUUCCCGACCCCCUCUUUUGUUCUCUGUCCCGUGUCUGACACUCCGGCUGCCGCACACACCUCACAGGAAAUGGGUUUCCUUUUUCGAAAAUGGAUUGCAAUUUCUGAAAACUUUGGUUUUUAGUUUGAAACCAAUGAGUGAGAAGCUUCUCCUGUGGAAUCACAUGACCAGCAGCCUCUCAGCUUUCUGGUCCUGAGAGGAUUGGAAGGGGCGGGGUCUCACGGGACACACCCACAAGGAAGGUACACAACCCUGCUCCAAUGGCAAACUGCAGGAACACUAAACCAUGUUUCUGGUCUACACGCGGCAGCUUGGAUCCAAUUCUAUAUGAAAAAAAAAAGUCAUGUGACUAUUAUUACCAUUUGUUUACAUCAUUACCUGAUUUUACUCUAAACCUCUCGCUGCUGUGAGGAAUUCUGCACCUUCAGACUUUAACACUUACGUUUGUCGUCCUUGGAAUUGGACCUGAGUAGAAAACACAGAGCUGCAGCAGAUGUCAGGGUUGCUCUGUGGUAGAAAUGUUUCCAGCACAGAUGGCAUUCCGUAUUCCGGAUUUCCUUAUUUUCUGAUUUUGGAAGUUGUGUUGAGGACUUCACUGAUCUUCGAUCUUCUGAAUGCUGCCAUGUCAAGUGAAGAUGAGGAGUUGGAUGUUCUGAGUGGACAGUUGUGUUGGACAUUCUGAGCGAGAUUGCUGAGUCAUGAAACCACUACAAGGUGCAAGAGGUGGUGUUUGGUCACCUGGCACAUUUACAGUGAGAAAAACAAACCGAGUGUACAAAAAAAACCAUCAGUUUUUUGAUUUUGUUAAUAGACUUGUUCUUGUGUGUUUUUUUAUUUCUCUCUGCUCUAAUUGGCUGCUUCAGCUGCCAAUUAUCACCUCUCUGAUGACACCACAGUGUUGUGUCUCCUGAGGUUGACAACUGUGUUGGAAAACCACCAGAGCCACAGAGUUGUACACAGACAAAGAGAAGAGCAGUAAUAUUAUAGUCAUUCUUAAAUUUAAUAAAGUAUUUAUUAUGAAUGAAUCUGACAGUUUAGGAAAGAAAAAAGAAAACACUGCAGUUAACAUUGUUUGUCUGUUACUGAACUCUGGACUUCAGUUUUCAACAUGGUUGCCCCUCCUGACCACUAAUGUGCCAUGUGUCAGCUAUGUGUGUGUGUGCGCGUGCCUGUGUGUUUCCUGUACAAUGCAGAGUUUUCCUCUUUGUGACUCCUGACUUUCUGUGGAGCAAACAUUCAGAGGAACAACAGUGACGCUGCAGGAAGCUGAGGAAACAAACCUCAAAAUGAAUUUCUUCUCUUUAGACUUUGAAAGACAAAAAAAUUACCAAUUUCUUAAAACUUUGGUUUCACGUUUUCUAGAGAAUACGAUGAAAUUCACAUUAAAGCGUUUUGACCUUUUUUCUGAUUUUGGUCAGAAUUCUUUCCCAUAAGUUUAAAUAUUUCUUUAAACUUAAAAGACAAAAAUCCAAGUCUUUUCUUAUUAUUCUAACCAUUGUGACUUACAUUUUGGGACUGUGAGAAAAAAGUACUUUCAAAGUCUACCUAUGUUUAUUCUUCUUUUGUAUUUUUCCCUCUUUGGUUCAAACAAAACCAUCUUUUACUGUUUAUUUGGAACUUCAUCUGAAUUUAAAAAAAAAAAAAAUAAUAAUAAUCAUAUGACAGUGUUUGUGGACUAAGAAUUUUUCUGCAGCUAAAUGCUAACUGCGUCAACUGUGCUAGCUGAGUCUGCAGGUGGUGAUUCUAACGUGUAACGGCAAAAGCUACACCCACUCGAGUUCUGGAAAAUAAGUAAAUCACUAAUGAAGUAUGUCGAAACUAAAUGACUUUUGACUGGACCUUACUGGAAACAGGCUCCACCACUCUUUUUUUUUCUUUGUAGGUUUUUCUGUGCCUAAAUUGUCAGCCUGUAAACAGCUGAAUAACGCCAAUUCUCCACGUCUGAAAAAAAAAAAUCUUGUCUAAAAAUUCUUCUGACUGGUGUUCAGUGAUUUUUAUUUUUAACACUAUUCCAACCAAACACAAUCUUUACGUCUAGAUAAUGUCUUCUGGUUUGAGUUGAAUUGCUGCCACCUACUGGCACAUUUCUCUUCCCAAAGAAGAAAAUACAGACAGAAACAACACACCACCAUACAGCUUAAGUGGUCAAUAUGAGUAUCUGAAUUCAUUACAUUAAUGUUAUUUCAUGAUGUCUUUUAUUUUAGAAAUUCUUGUAUAUGCUACAUUUCAUAUUCCCGACAAAUUUAGCAUAUUUAACAAAAACUGCAGCUCAAAAGUCUCAAAACAUUUGUAAUUAUAGAGU